GGUGGUGGCACUCGGGGGAAGCGUCACCAUCCGCUGUGAGGGUCAGUACUCCGGCAUGAUGUUCUUUCUGCAUAAAGCUGGACACCCGAACCUGCAGGUGCGGACGGUGCGUGAUUGGACUGUGGCUGAAUUUCCCAUCCCCAGUGCCAGCCAGGAAGAUGGAGGGAGCUACACCUGCGACUAUUGCCCCAUAACGGAUCAGAGUCGCUGGUCGUAUCCCAGCGACCCCGUCGAGAUCAUUGUAGGAGAGCCCAGCUACCCCAAACCCAGCAUCUCCCUGCUGAGCCCCAGCGGGGGGGUCUCCCUGGGGGGAGCCAUGACUGUCCGGUGUCGGGGGCAGUACCUGGGCAAGCGGUUCAUGCUGAAUAAAGAGGGUCGCCAUGUCCAAAGUGUGGAUUCGGAUGGGUUUGGGGCUGAGUUUCCCAUCAGCCAUGUGAGCCGGGAGGACGGCGGGCGCUACAGCUGCUCCUAUCGCAGCAAAUCGGAGCUGUUCACUGAGUCGUACCCCAGCGACCCCGUGGAACUGGUGGUGAGAGAUCCCAGCUUACCCAGACCCUCCAUCUCCCUGAGCCCCACUGGGGUCACCGCCCCAGGGGCAGAUGUCACCAUCUGGUGUCAGGGGCAGCGCCGGGACGUGAGGUUCUUCCUGCACAAGGCUGGAGACCUGAACCCGCAGCGACACAUGGACCCUGCUGGGGCUGGGGCCGAGUUCCACAUCCCCACCGUGGGCCAGCAGCACGGAGGGAACUACAGCUGCAGCUACCGGCCCCAGUCAGAGCCCUUUGUCUCCUCGCAGCCCAGUGACACCGUGGAGCUGGUGGUAGCAGAGCCCAGCUACCCCAAACCCAGCAUCUCCGUGAGCCCUGGUGAGGAGGUCUUGCUGGGGACAGCUGUGACCAUCCGGUGUUGGGGGCAGCACCCGGGUGUGCAGUUCGUGCUGAAUAAAGAGGGACGUCAUUUCCCACCUGCGGAUUCGGAUGGGUUGGAGGUUGAGUUUUCCACCAACAACGUUCACCGGGAUCUUGGCGGGAGCUACACCUGCUCCUGUCACAGCAGAUCGGAGCCGUUCGCCGUGUCAUACCCCAGCGACCCCAUGGAGCUGGUGGUGAGAGAUCCCAGCUUUCCCAGACCCUCCAUCUCCCUGAGUCCCACUGGGGUCACCGCCCCAGGGGCAAACGUCACCAUCCGGUGUCAGGGGCAGCGCCGGGACGUGAGGUUCUUCCUGCACAAGGCUGGAGACCUGAACCCGCAGCGACACAUGGACCCUGCUGGGGCCAGGGCCGAGUUCCGCAUCCCGAUCGUGGGCUGGCAGCACGGAGGGAACUACAGCUGCAGCUACCGGCCCCGGUCAGAGCCCUUCAUCUCCUCGCAGCCCAGUGACACCAUGGAGCUGGUGGUAGCAGAUCCCAGCUUACCCAGACCCAACAUCUCCCUGAGCCCCACUGGGGUCACCGCCCCAGGGGCAAACGUCACCAUCCGGUGUCAGGGUCCACGCUGGAACGUGAGGUUUUUCCUGCACAAGGCUGGAGACCUGAACCCACAGCGACACAUGGACCCUGCUGGGGCUGCGGCCGAGUUCCACAUCCCCACCAUGGGCCGGCAGCACAGAGGGAGCUACAGCUGCAGCUACCGGCCCGGGUCAGAGCCCUUCAUCUCCUCGCUGCCUAGUGACCCCGUGCAGCUGGUGGUAGCAGAGUCCAGCUACCCCAAACCCAGCAUCUCCCUGCUGAGCCCCAGCGGAGGGGUCUCCCUGGGGGGAGCCGUGAGCAUCCGGUGUUGGGGACAGCACCAGGGCGUCCGGUUUGUGCUGAAUAAAGAGCGACGUCAUUUCCCACCUGUGGAUUCGGACGGGUCGGAGGUUGUGUUUCGCAUCAGCAACGUGAGCCGGGAGGACGGUGGGAACUACAGCUGCUCCUAUCACAGCAGAUCAGACCCGUUCGCCAUGUCAUACCCCAGCGACCCCGUGGAGCUGGUGGUGAGAGAUCCCAGCUUACCCAGACCCAACAUCUCUCUGAACCCCACCGCCCCAUGGGCAGACGCCACCAUCCGGUGUCAGGGGCAGCGCCGGGACGUGAGGUUCUUCCUCUACAAGGCUGGAGACCUGAACCCGCAGCAACGCAUGGACCCUGCUGGGGACGUGGUCGAGUUCCACAUCCCCACCGUGGGCCGGCAGCACGGAGGGAGCUACAGCUGCAGCUACCGGCCCCAGUCACAGCCCUUCAUCUCCUCAGAGCUCAGUGACCCCGUUGAGAUCAUUGCAGCAGCAGAUUUCACCAACAUCAACAUCGUCCGCCUGGGGCUGAGUGCCGGGGUCCUGCUUGUCCUGGGGCUGAUCCUGGCUGAGGCCCACUACAGCCGUCCAAGGGGGGAUGCCCUAGGAGCAUGGAUCCGGCCACACGGAGAAGAGAAGCUCCCCAGGGAACGAGCUGCUUCCCCUCGGGGCACUGAGACACCAGCACAAACUCCCCUGCCCCCAAACACCCCUGCCCCAGAGAAUCCCCCCUAAACAGCUCCCAAUCUGACAGCAGCACCCCAGGAUUGAACCCCCGCUGCCAUGUUUGAUGUUGUGUGACAAAGUGGGGGAUUUUCUUGUUUUUUCCUUGGUUUUCCAAUGGUUUGCAUGCAGAGGGGAUGGGAC